UGUUGAUGGGGUGAUAGGUAUCUCGUGGAAUUAGUUGAGGUGCGCAAAAACUGACCCGACGUUUUCUUAAAGUUAAAGUUCAAUAUAUAUUUCUCAAUAGUAGGCCAAAUUUUUUGAAUAGAAUCUUUCUCUAGGUUUCAAUAUUCCUUGCUACUAUAUAUUUUAUGUGUUUAUUCACAAGGUUUGAAAAUUGAAACCAUAGUCUAUAUAAAGUUUCCAGCUUUUUCAUUCUUGAAUAUUGAAAAAUGAUUCCUUCACAAAUGAUAGUUUUUCUAGUUAUUUUUCUUCAAAGCUAUAUAAGCCUAGCAUAUGAUCCUAAUCCAGUUAAUGAUUACUGCAUUCCCAGAACAGAGUUUUCUUCAAUCUUCCUUUCUUGCAAGAAUACAUCACUUGUCACAGUCGAUGAUUUUAUCUAUUCGGGGAUUAAAGAUCCCGGAAACUAUAAGCAUACUGGAUUUUCAUCCAUUCCAGUAAGCUCCACUGUCUUUCCUGGACUUAACACAUUAGGGAUGUCAUUUGUGCGCGCUGAUUUUGACGUUGAUGGUGUCAACGUGCCACAUUUUCAUCCGAGAGCAACAGAGACUGCAUUCGUGCUCGAGGGGAAGAUAUAUUCAGGGUUUGUUGAUUCAGGAAACAGAGUAUUUGCUAAGGUUCUUGAGAAAGGAGAAGUCAUGGUGUUUCCAAAAGGUUUAGUUCACUUCCAGAUGAAUGUUGGCGAUUCGCCAGCGACUAUUUUGGGGAGCUUUAACAGCCAAAAUCCUGGAUUAGUGAAAAUCCCAUCUGCUGUUUUUGGAGCAGGAAUUAAAGAGGAGCUCUUAAUGAAGGCUUUUGGAUUGAAUGACAAGGAGAUUGCUAAAUUGAGGAAGAAGUUUGUUCCUCAAUAGCAGUUGAUUAUAGGAAAUAUUUUGUAUUCAGUAAUGCAACUAAAUUACCUUAGUUCCUAAAGAUGCUGCAUAGUUCUAAAGGUUGCAACUUGCAACAUAUAAGCAUACUGAUAAUUGGUAGUAACUUUUUUUAGUGUGUGUGAGUUUUGUGGGGAGGGGUCUGAGAUUCACGUUCGUAUGUAGGUUAAAAUGAUUCUUCAAAUCGAUUAAUAUAAGGCCAAAAUGAUUAGAGGUGUUGGAGGACACGAAUUAUGGUAGAAGGUUAGUAGGUAGUAGCGUGUUAUCUCACUAUCCGUUCAUAGUAUUGCUCCUGUAGUUUCUUUUCCUUAGAUUUUCGUUUUUUCUAGUACUUCAUUAUCAUAUUAUUUUGAUGUAGUUACUGCUCAGUAUGCUUUUCACUUCCGUUACUUCUUGCUUUAGACUGUUUUUUCUUGAGCCGCGGGUCUAUUGGAAACAGUCUCUGUACCUCUGAGACAGGGGUAAGGUCUGCACACACACUGUACCCUCCCCAUCCUCCCCAGACCCCACUUUAUGGGUAUACACCAGGGAAGUUAUUGUUGUCGAUUAAUUUAGGCCAAAACUAUUCUACAAGAUCCCCAGAAAAGAGUUAGAAAUGUAGGCAUUACAUGCUGUUAUAACAUGAUUUAUCAAGUAUUUUGUUGUCUUCCACUCA